UUGUUGAGGGCACUGUUAGCGGGCAGGUGGAGUAUCCACACAGAGUAGCUAGUGAGCACUAGCUAGUGCACAGCAGCUACUUUGGGCUUUUCCCCCAUGUAGACAAGCCCGGGGUGUAAAGGAAGAUUUUAGCUGCAUUGGUCAUAGGACUGAUGAUCAAAUGACAUACAUUAAGUGGAACAAGUGCUGCUGCUUUGGGUUGGUUUUUACAUUGCAUCUCCCAUGUUUUUAACGGUAUGUCUAAAGCACCCAGAGCUUUGGAUGGUGGGGGCGGAGUGCCCUUUGAUGUGCAGUUCACAUAAGACAGAAAUCUAAAUAAAGAAAGAAAGUAAUUCAGUCCAGGUGCAACCUCACAACAAGGUUACGCCUGGGAUGAAUUUGGUCCAAUAUGUUUUGAAGCCUCCUAUAAAACUGCCUUUAUGGUUUGCAUACCAUUUGUAGAGCGAGAAAGGAUCUGAUAGAGAACCUCAAGCAUAGCAAGUUCUUUUUGUUGCUUUACUCCUUUCUGUUACUGGAAAUACGUGCCACAAGAAGCCAGCAGCCAUCACGGAGCGUGCACUCUCCCGUUUUACAAAGGGAGAAGAUGGAGUUCAUCAGUACGCUACUUUUCUUGCUGCAAGUUUCAAGUGCAGCAAGACGACGCAUUCAAGUGAUUGGUGAGGUUGGAGAAUCCAUCACUAUAAAGUGUCCCGUGAAGGACAUUUCCAGGCGAAAAUUCUGGUGCAGGGAGCUCGAGACAGGGAUCUGUGUUACCAUUGUCUCCACCUCUCCAUACAUCAAUGAGAAUUACAGGAAUAGAAUAUCCGUCACUGAGGGGCCUUGGGAAGGAAUAUUUCAAAUUACAAUUACAAGGCUGGAAGAGGAUGACACUGGGCUGUACACGUGUGGGACAGGAAAUCAAAAUGACAGAGGCAGUGGAAGGACCCUCCAAGUGGAGCUGGAGGUUUCUAAUGGGAAUGCUCCACCGAGAAUGGGUAUGUUGUCUGCUGAACCCCCGAGACAUGAUAGACCUAUUGUGAUACCAGAAGAGUCUGGCAGCAAAGGCGCUGACACCCAAGGAGUCACACAACCAGAGAUGACUAAUGGAGCAUGGGCAAAAUAUACCUCCUAUGUGGCGCCUGGCAUCAAAUUCCCUGAAGGUACAAUAAUCAUGCCUGCAGACGUCACUGGCAGCAUUGUUACCUUUGCAGAGACUGGAAGUAUAACAAAGGGGAUUCCAAAGAAUUCCAGGACAAUCAGCUCUGCACAUCCCAGGCAUAGAAAGCGCCUCUUGAGAAGCAAUUAUGGGAAUGAUGUCUUUCAAAUCAUGAUACCAAUUCUCCUGAUAAUGCUGCUGCUUGUGGCUUCUAUGAUAAUUGUUAGAAAACAGCUACGAGGGAAGAAAGGUAUUACAGUCCGCAUGUUUGGAUGUUUUGGAGAAGCAGCUUCCAGGGAAACCUAUGGAAUAAAUCUGAGGUUGAGUGCACUCGAACAUGGCCAAGGGCACAUUCCAAUGGAAAAUAUCUACAGCAUGUUACCCCGCAGGCUCGAGGGAGCUGACAGGAACGGGGACGACUAGUUCCAUUAUCCUCUUCUAGAGAAAAUUUCACCAGUCAUCAACAACAACAAAAAGAGAGAGAUAAUUUUGGCAUGAUAUAUGGCUGCCCUGUGGUGAAUUCAGUUUAUGCAAUAAACUGCAACACUAGGAAGUAAUUUGCAAGACAUGUGACUUAACUGACAAUUUAUUUUUGUCUGACAGGUUUAACCUUUAUAAUGCUGCCAUUUCUAAGGCUGCUAGUCAGAGCAAUGUCUGAGUGGGUAUAAAUAGUAGUAGUAAUAAUAUAAUAAUACCUAGCCCUUACAUAGGGCUUUUCAUCUGUAGAUCUCAAUGCACUUUACAAGGGAAUUCAAUGGGGAAACUGAGGCACGGAUCUGUAUCAUGGAAAUUAGGGAUAGCUUGAUUAUCUAUUGGCUAGCACAGAGUACAUUUUUAAAGAAUUUUUCUAGUCUUGUUUAAAUAUCCCAAUGACAAGAAUGUUAUCUUUUCUUAGGCUAUUCCACUGACUAACUGAUCUCACAGGGAGGUCAUUUUCCUGAUACUCAGACUCAGUUUCUCUUUCUAAAUGUUACACUCUUCAUAUAGCCCCUUGGAAUGCCCGAAAUCGGCCCCGGUGUGUGGUAAACUAUUAAAUAGCAAAACUAGAAAAUUGUAAUGAACUCAAUUAAUAUAACUAACUCAUGAAUAUAGGAGUGAUACGUUAGCUCUGAUAGACAUAGUGGCAUGGAUAGAUAAUGAUCAACAUAAAGAUUUGUUAGUCUCUAAGGUGCCACAAGUACUUUUCUUUUUUGCGGAUACAGACUAACCUGGCUGCUACUCUGAAACUCAACAUAAAGAUUGUGACCAUGGGUAUUUCCAGUGUUAGUUUACAGGAAGGGGUAUUAUAGUCCCUACUCAACAGGCCAGGCUCUGUAUUACACACCCUAUUCUUUUGUCCCAGUCAAGCUGGAUACAUGUUCAUAGUGAUGCUAUGAGAAGACACGGCAGGAAAUGCUUUCAUUUGGGAAAUGCACAGCACUUGCAUAAUAUACACGACUCAGCCUUUUUUACUGGGAAUAAUUGACGGAAGGUGCCAGAUAACUGGAUGUUCAAGGAGGCUUUUUAAGCACUGAUGAGACAGGUGAGAGACCUGCCUUUUCAGAAAAUUGAGGGGCAAGCUGGAAAAAUGCAGUUAAAUUCGCACGGGGAGUUGUAAUUUGUGUCGUCCUUUUUUCUUUUUCUUUGCAGGCUUGGCUAUUCAGACAAUCAGUGGAUUUUGCCAAGUUUGCAAAACCCUGUAACAGUCACAUCAUCUUGGCAGGGAGGCAAUGUGGCCUAUGGGUUACACUGGGCUGGGAUACAGGAGACUUCUGUUCUAUUCCCAGCUCUCUCACUCGUCUCCUGGGUGACUUUGGGCAAGGCACUUCCCCUCUCUGUGCCUCAGUUGCCCCAGCUGUAAAACAGGGAUAAUGAGUGACCUCGUUUGCAAAGUGCUUUGAGCUCUACUGUUGAAGCAUGCUGUAUAAACAUUAUGAUGCUCCUGCUGCUGCUGAUUAUGUGUUUCUAGCCCCCAAGGCACACAAGUGCCAGGAACCUUUACUGAGAGCCAAGAGUUGCUUCAGAUUAACUCAUUAGAUCGUGUUCCCAUUGCAGUACAAAGUUGUCCUGGUGCUCUUAGACCACUUUAAAAAACAACAACUAGGGAAUAAGCCUCAGGCUCCAUCGACUCUGGAGGCAGGAUUUUCAGAAGCAUCUAGGUCACUUAGGCACACUGGUGUCACUGCUAUUGUGUGAGGAAGAUUUUCAAAGUCACAUAUGGCAGUAAGCUGUUGAACCGUCUAGUAAUGCCUUUUAAAAUGUGUCAGUGGCCAUCUCUGCCUGUGUUCCUAAGUCACUACAGCCUGUGCUACACUUACACGUUUUAUGGCAUAACUACAUUGACGAGAGGUGUAAUUUUUUUUUUUUGGCCAAAAUAGUUUCACCUCUAUAACCCCUCUCAGGGGCAGUGGAACCUGGCAGGGAGCCAUUCCUACCUAAACUCACACCCAGAGUGGGACACAGAGAUCAGAGCAGGACCCAGAGGGGCUGGAGCAGUUGCCUUGGGGUCCAGGAAUAAGCUGUGGAGCAGAGAGUAGGAUUUGGCAGGACUGGAGCAGCUGCUGUGGCACCUGGGACUGGGCUGGGAAGAAGGUCGUGGGAUCCAAAGAAUCGGGAGCAGGUACCCUGGCACCUGGGAUCAGGCCAGGGAGCAGGGAGGAAGCCCUGGGAUUCUUCUGCCCAUCCGGGAGCACCUUCUCCCCUGCCCUGCCGAGCCGAAUCUCAGUACCUCCCCUCACACCCCCUUCUGUCCAUGCAAACCCUUUUGUGGGCAGUUAUUUCAGCAUAAGGCGACUUUACCGGUAUAACCUUUCCCGGCUUAUAGGAGUCUGCUGUACAAAAGGCUGAGAAUCUAUUCCACUACAUCUAGUCAUGACGGAAAUGAGUAGGCACUCGUAGUAUUCUUCCCUGCCUCAUACCACUGCAUUACCUUAGACCCACGGCUAGAUUUAAUGUUUUAUAAGAAGACACUUCUCUCAUUACCAUCUACUGUCUAUGAUUAUUUCCUAGGUUCUCCUGUACCGCAUGACUGUCAUCACUGCAGGGUUGACUUAUAAGAGCUGCUGUGACUG